UCAUCACCAAAGAAGAGACCAGAGCCUGUGCAAAUUCAGAAAGGAAACAACAAUGGAAGAACCACUGAUUUAAAACAGCAAAGUGCUCGGGAGUCAUGGGUAAGCCCUAGGAAAAGAGGACUGUCUUCUUCAGAAAAGGAUAACUUAGAAAGGCAGGCUGUAGAAAAUUGUGAGAGAAAGCAAACAGAACCUGUUUCACCAGUUUUAAAAAGAAUUAAGCAUUGUCUUAGAUCUGAAGCACCAAACAGUUCAGAGGAAGAUUCACCUAUAAAAUCAGACAAGGAGUCAGUAGAACAGAGGAGUACAGUAGUGGACAAUGAUGCAGAUUUUCAAGGGACGAAACGAGCUUCUCUAUGUCUUAUACUGGAUGAUUGUGAGAAAAGGGAAAUUAAAAAGGUGAAUCUCAGUGAGCAAGGGCCGCUUAAUUCUGCAAUAGUUGAAGAAAUCACAGGCUAUUUGACUGUCAAUGGUGUUGAUGACAGUGAUUCAGCUGUUAUAAACUGUGAUGACUGUCAGCCUGAUGGGAACACUAAGCAAAAUAGCACUGGUUCCUAUGUGUUGCAGGAAAAAUCAGUAACUGAAAAUGGGGAUUCCGAAACCCAAACUUCAAUGUUCCUUGGUAGUAGGAAGGAGGACAGUUACGUAGACCAUAACGUGCCUUGCACAAAUUCAGAAGUGCAGGUCAAGUUGGAGGACCACAAAAUAGUAACUGCCUGCCUGCCUGUGGAACAUGUUAAUCAGCUGACUACUGAGCCAGCUACAGGCCCUGUUUCUGAAAUUCAGUCAUCUUUAAGGGAUUCUGAGGAAGAAGUAGAUGUGGUGGGAGAUAGCAAUGCCUCAAAAGAGCAGUGUAACGAAAACACCAAUAACGUCUUGGACACAGCUCUUGAAAGUACACCAGUCUCUGGAGAAUCAGAACCAUCUUCUGUUCUAGACUGUGUUUCAGCUCAAAUGAUGUCUUUAUCAGAACCUCAAGAACAUCGCUAUACCUUGAGAACUUCACCACGAAGGGCGGUACCCAGAGGUAGUCCCACUAAAAACAGUUCUCCUUGCAGAGAAAAUGGACAAUUUGAGGAGAAUAAUCUUAGUCCCACUGAAACAAAUCCAACUGUUAGUGAUAGAAGUGAGUCUCUCACAAAUCCUGAUGAAAUUUCUGAAAAUGAAAAAGAUAAAUGUUGUGACUCUCAAAAUUACGGAAGUGAUGGACUAAGUAAGCCAUCCUCAGAAGCAAGACUCAAUAUUGGACAUUUGCCAUCUGCCAAAGAGAGUGCCAAUCAGCACAUUACAGAAGAGGAAGAUGAUGAUCCUGAUGUUUAUUACUUUGAAUCAGAUCAUGUGGCUCUGAAACACAACAAAGAUUAUCAGAGACUGUUACAGACGAUUGCUGUACUCGAGGCUCAGCGUUCUCAAGCAGUCCAAGACCUUGAAAGUUUAGGCAAACACCAGAGAGAAGCUCUAAAAAAUCCCAUUGGAUUUGUGGAAAAACUCCAGAAGAAGGCUGAUAUAGGGCUUCCAUAUCCACAGAGAGUUGUUCAGUUGCCUGAAAUUGUAUGGGAUCAAUAUACCAAUAGCCUUGGAAACUUUGAAAGGGAAUUUAAAAAUCGUAAAAGACAUACUAGGAGAGUUAAACUAGUUUUUGAUAAAGUAGGUUUACCCGCUAGACCAAAAAGUCCUUUAGAUCCUAAGAAGGAUGGAGAGUCUCUUUCAUACUCUGUGUUGCCUUUGAGUGAUGGUCCGGAAGGCUCACACAGUCGUCCUCAGAUGAUAAGAGGCUGCCUUUGUGAUGAUACCAAACCAGAAACAUUUAACCAACUGUGGACUGUUGAAGAACAGAAAAAACUUGAACAGCUACUCCUGAAAUACCCUCCUGAAGAAGUAGAAUCUCGACGCUGGCAGAAGAUAGCAGAUGAACUGGGCAAUAGGACGGCAAAACAGGUUGCGAGCUGAGUACAGAAGUAUUUCAUAAAGUUAACUAAAGCUGGCAUUCCAGUCCCAGGCAGAACACCUAACUUAUAUAUAUACUCCAAAAAGUCUUCGUCAAGCAGAAGGCAGCACCCCCUUAAUAAGCAUCUCUUCAAACCUUCCAUGUUCAUGACUUCUCAUGAACCACCAGUGUAUAUGGAUGAAGAUGAUGACCGAUCCUGUUUUCACAGCCAUAUGAACACUGCUAUUGAAGAGGCAUCCGAUGAAGAAAGUAUUCCUAUUAUGUAUAGGAAUUUACCUGAAUAUAAAGAACUACUACAGUUUAAAAAGUUAAAGAAGCAGAAACUUCAGCAAAUGCAGGCUGAAAGUGGAUUUGUGCAGCAUGUUGGCUUCAAGUGUGAUAACUGUGGCAUAGAACCUAUCCAGGGUGUUCGGUGGCACUGCCAGGGUUGUCCUCCAGAAAUGUCUUUGGAUUUCUGUGAUUCUUGUUCUGACUGCCUACAUGAAACAGAAAUCCACAAGGAAGAUCAGCAAUUAGAACCUAUUUAUAGGUCAGAGACAUUCUUAGACAGAGACUACUGUGUGUCCCAGGGCACCAGUUAUAAUUACCUGGACCCCAACUACUUUCCAGCAAACAGAUGACAUGGAAGAGAACAUCAUUUCCUAGUCCUCUUCGACACAUAGCAAUGGUAUCAUUGUUAAGUAUGUGCACAGUUUGGAAAGAUUCGCUCCUUUCCCUGAAAUGACACUCACAGCAUGAGAGCUUCCUGAGUGUUCUCGUCAAGUACAGCUCUGCAUGGUUGUGGCUCUAGAUCACUGCCCAGCAGCUGAACAUUCCUGGUGAGCAAAGGGUUUCCCUGGUGAAUUUCUCACCACCACCUUGAAAGCCUUUAGGUGGUGAUCUCAAAUGGGCGAGAUGGAAAUGAGAGCACACAUUAAAGUGAGAUUAAAUUCCAAAGGUUUCAGAGAACUUGAUCACAAGUAUGAUAAGGAGAAGACAAAAAGUAUUUAUAUUAAAGCAGUUUAGUAGCUUUCAGUUUUGUGAAAAUAGUUUUCAGCACAGAAACUGACUUCUUUAGACAAAGUUUUAACCAAUGACGGUGUUUGCUUCUAGGAUAUCCACUUUAAAAGAACUCACUGUCCCAGUGGUGGUCGUUGAUGGCCUUUAGUAAAUUGGAGCUGCUUAACCAUAUUGAUAUCUAAUUUCUUUUAACCACAAUGAACUGUCCUUCUUACCAACAGCGAAGCACUACAGGAAGCAACUGUGGCACUGCUUCCUUAACCAGCUCGUGGUGUGUGAAUGUUACAAAGUCGUCACUCAGAUAUAUUUUUUAAAUGUAAUGUUAAAUAAGAUGAUCAUGUGAUGUGUACAGACUAUGGUGAAAGUGCCAGUGGUAGUGACUGUGUAAAGUCUAAUUCACAACAUUGAUUCCUUUAAAAUACACAGCCUUCUGCCUCUGUAUUUGGAGUUGUCAGUACAACUCAUCAAAGAAACUGCCUAAUAUAAAAUCAUAUAUAUGGUAAUAAUUUCCCUCUUUUGUAGUCUGCACAAGAUCCAUAAAAGAUUGUAUUUUUAUUACUAUUUAAACAAGUGAUUAAAUUUAGUCUGCGCAGUGAGCAAGAGUUCACCUGCAUUCUUUUAUACUGCUGGAUUUUGUUGUGUAUCAUUUAAAACAUUUUGUGUGUUUCUUCUUAUCUGUAUACAGUAUGUUCUUGAAUAAUGUUCAUUUGUCAGGAGAACUGUGAGAAAUAAACUAUGUGGAUACUGU